UCAGCACCGUUUAGCGGUCGUUUCACGAAAAUUUCCGCCCUUCUGCGCGAUUUUUCCCGCUACCUGAGUUGCAUUGGGAGGGAAUUACCACAGUCCGGCUCUGCGUGCCAUUUCUGCGCAGAUCUCAGCCCGCUAAAUGUUUGUCAUGGGCGCAUUCACCAGCCGGCGAUUGAUUUCAUAAGAUGUCACGCCGCAGACUGGGGGGGAGAAUACCCGGUUGCAAAAUGCUUCAAGAAACAGGACCUCGCAUUUCCUCCUUAGCCGAUGUGCCUAUUUCUCUUCUAAAAGCAGAGUUGGAGAGACGGAGCUUAGAUAUACGAGCGCAGGGAGUUUCUCCGGGUCCAGCGCAGCCGAGCACACGACCAGCUUGCGGUAGUACGACGAAGGCAGGAUCUUAUAACACGCCAAUCCAUGUUUUUGCGCUAUUCCUUAUACUUAUCCUCAGCACGUUAGCAUGUUCAUUUCCAAUAAUUGCUCGCCGCUUUCCCCGUCUCCCUAUUCCCCGUCGCUUUCUCUUUUUAUCUCGACACUUCGGCACGGGAGUCCUCAUCGCAACGGCGUUUGUUCAUCUACUUCCGACGGCAUUCAUUUCUUUGACGAACCCAUGUCUCCCGCAUUUUUGGAAUAGGGGCUACCCAGAAACAGCUGGAUUAGUUGCGAUGAUUGCGGUGAUGAUUGUGGUUACUAUUGAAAUGUUUUUUGCGAUGAGAGGCGCAGGACAUGUCCAUGGAAGUGAAUAUGAUACAUUGAUGGAUGAGGUAUCACACCAUAACCAUUAUGAGGGUCUUGGUGUGGGACGCGACGAUACUUGUGGUUCUGGAACACAACACGGAACGCGCCAAAUGUCUCUUGGAUUUCGUCCAGUUCCAACCGCAUCUCGAGACAGCCUUAUCGACGGCGCCAGUCCGACGUUGGCAAAAGAUCCCGAAAAUCAGCGGCAGGGGGACGACGAGAACCUCCAACUUGAAGAGCUAGAUCCCUUCCCCGACGACUCUUCGGAGUUCAACGACUCCCCUACCAGUGAAGCUCAUCCAUCGCACCCCCGACCGCCCCCUCACCAUAGUCAUGGCCACGUCCAUUUCAGUGGUUCUCGCUCACAAAAGGCUCAAAAGCAGCUUAUACAAUGUCUUCUCCUUGAGGCCGGUAUUCUAUUCCAUAGCAUUUUCAUCGGCAUGGCUCUCAGCGUCGCCACUGGCGCGAAUUUUAUCGUCCUCCUUGUCGCAAUAUCCUUUCAUCAGACAUUUGAAGGCUUUGCGCUCGGCGCUCGAAUUGCCUCUUUGAUACCCGAUUUAUUCCCGGCUUCAUCGCCGAAACCGUGGCUUAUGGCUCUUGCAUACGGGACGACCACACCCAUCGGACAGGCGAUAGGGCUGGGAUUGCAUACGCUGUAUGAUCCCGCAAGUGAAAUAGGAUUGAUUACGGUGGGAAUGACAAACGCUUUCAGUAGUGGGUUGUUACUGUUUGCGGGGCUUGUGGAGCUUCUGGCAGAGGACUUCCUGAGUGAUAGGAGCUUCGAGACAUUGAGGGGGAGAAACAGAAUUGAAGCAUGCUUUGCAGUUGCUGGUGGUGCAGCACUUAUGGCGUUGGUGGGAGCCUUUGCAUGA